CAGACUUGAAGUUUGAAGUGGACAUGCAUGAGCGUGUCUUCAGAUCCUGACUCAGGCGCCAUGUCUCCGGAAAUCGACCCUCACAUGACCCCGGAUAGUUUCUUCCACACCUUGUGCGACAAGAAAUCCUCCGGGGGUGUGUCUGGGAGCCCCGUGAUUAUCUACUUUAUAUCCGGCAAUCCUGGCUUGAUAUCAUACUACUACCCAUUCUUCACGCAUCUGAUCGAGAAAUUGAGGGUUUGGAGUUCCAAGGACGAUGCGAGCCCCAGAUUCCACCUCUACGGCCACAGCCUCGCCGGCUUUGAGGUCGCAUCGUCACCGUCCGACAGCAAUACAGAACACUACCACGACUUGGAAGACCAGAUCCGCUUCGUGCAGCGCAAGCUGGACGAUUGCGUGAGCCGUGUUGUCGCCUCGGAGACCCCAGCUUUUCGUCGUGUCGACGGUGAUACAGUCAGACCCCGAGUCAUAUUGAUCGGCCACUCCGUGGGAACCUACAUCGCUAUGGAGCUCAUCCGGCGCCACCGCGAACGAUCCUCAGCAGCAACCUCAUCAUCAUCAUCAUCAUCAUCACCAUCAGCCGACAACAAGCACUCCUCCUUCCCCAUCAUCAGCGCAAUCCUCCUCUUCCCCACCGUCGUCGACAUCGCCAAAUCCCCCUCCGGGAGGAAACUGACCACCCUCCUCGCCAUCCUCCCCCACCUAGCCCUGAUCGCCAGCCUCGUCGCACGGGUCCUAACGACCCUCCUCCCGGCCCCCAUGCUCCGCACCGUAGUGCGUCUGGUCAUGGGAUCCCCGCCGUCCGCCGCCGUGGACACGACCUGCCGGUUUCUGACGAGUAGGAGGGGCGUCAGACAGGCUUUGAUCACACCUAACCCAGCCCCGCCGGGCUAUCUAGCGCCUCUCCAGGGUAUGUACAGGGAUACUGACGGUGAUAGACACAUGGCCGCGUCGGAGAUGUACACCAUCAGUUCGGAUGAAUGGGCCGACGAGGUGUGGGGGAUUGCGUCGACGCCUGAAGCAGCGAAGAGCUUGACGAAGUUGUUCUUUUAUUAUGGACGCGGGGAUCAUUGGGUCCCUGAGGAGACGAGGGAGGAGAUUAUUGCUUUGCGGGGGAGGGGGAAUGGGAAUGGGAUUACGGAGGGUGGCAGUGCGAAGGGUGGCGAAGGGGAAGGGGAAGGGGGCCGUGGCCCGACGAUGGUGGUUUGUGAGGAGGGCUUGCCGCAUGCUUUUUGUUUGAGGCAUAGCGAGGUUAUGGCGGAGAAGGUUGCUGGGAUGGUUAGGGAGGUUGUGGGGUGAGGAUGGGUAAUUCCCUAGGGAGUUGGGGUUGGGGUUGAACAGGGUAAUGAGUAUGUACGGGAGGCAUUGACUGUAUAGAGACAUCGUAAAAUAGAGGUAGGGCUACGACCGUUUCCCAAGAAUGCACACCAAAACUUCU